UCUAUCUAUCUCUGUGUGUGUGUGUGUGUGUGUGUGUGUGCGCGCGCGCGCGCGCCUUUCUCUCAUUCAUUUCGUAUGAAUUCCUAUGAAGCACUUGGCUCUUCUGUUAUUGUGCUAGUAAAACUAGACACCCCCCCAAACCAGCUUGGUUCCGUCAGACAAUAAAAUGUGAGGCGAAUCCGAGGGCAUAAAACACUCUCCUCCUUUUCUUCUCCCUCUCUCACACAAUGGUCCAAACCGUGAAAAUUGCCAGUUGUAAAGAAAAGGACACAUCUCGAUUGAAAAAAAAAGCCACUCGGAUGUCUGAGGCGACAAAAACUCGCGCCAAAAGAGAAAAAGAAACAACAACAACAAAUAAAAUAAAGGUUGUGGACAUUUUGUCACCUCGCGCGCGCCGAAUCACCUACAAAACAACAACAAAUGGUCUGCUAGAACUUCGCUAUGAUCUCCAGUGUAAAAUAAAAGGGGGAAAAAAGUGUUGGUUAGACUUUAAAAGCUCCUACAGGCUGUUCUGUGGGGGUUUUAGGGGGGAUAUAAUCGCCGUGUCAGUUUAGGCUUUCUUAUGCAAAGAGGCUGUGUUUGAAGGCGGAUCUUUUAGCAGGUUACACUCACACACUCCUGCUCACAGUGCUGUGAAGCUCUCAGACGGAGCUGUGAAGUGUCCGGAGUAUUACACUCUCACUUUCCCACUUUUUCGUGUUUAAAGGACUUCACUAAGGAUUUCACUAAGGAUGACUGUGUUUUGGGUUUUGUUUUUGUAAAGGAAUCCCAUUCUGACUUGUUUGUGAAAAGUAUCAGCACUUUUUUAAGGGAUGGACAGAGUCUCCUCACUGCCUCACAGGACUGCAAUGCAAGUCAGCAUUUAAAGAAGCAGCAAAUCUCUGGAUUACAUUUAAACCCCUAAAAAACAAAAAGAUAUACAGUACUUGUGUCUGUAUUCAAUGGGAUGGACGGAUUUUUCUUCUUUUCUCAUAUGGUGGGGCUCCUCUUCAUGGGAAGUGUGUUUUCCAUCAAAGAUGUUAUGAAAUGUUCUCCAUGGAGUACGUCGCCUACGUCUUAACUUCUCGAGGAAUUACUGUACACAGCACGUAGUUGUCCAGAAGUUCUGUCUCUCUUUUCAAAUUCGCAACUCAACAAACCUGUCCUGCAGCUCAUUCGACUCGCUGAACAAAAUACAUGCUGUUUUGAAAGGCAAACAUCUGUGUAAUUACUACACGGACUACAUGAGAUAACCCAGUGUUCGAAAAUGUUUUACUCCGCGUUUGAAUGGAGUCUUCUCAGCCUGCUGCUGCUUUUCGCAGCUGGCUUGUGCUCUGCCAUCAGCUCCAUAGACCCGGACCGACCAGGUGAAGGCAGAUGCCAGGAAAUCUCAAUCCCUCUCUGCAAGGACAUUGGGUAUAACUUGACAGUUAUGCCCAACUUGAUGGGGCACGAGGAUCAAUUAGAGGCUUCCAUAAAGCUUCACGAGUUCGUGCCGCUGAUCGAGUUCGGCUGCCACAGCCACCUCAAGUUUUUCCUGUGCUCACUUUAUGCCCCCAUGUGCACGGAGCAGGUCUCCACACCGAUCCCAGCCUGCCGAGUGAUGUGUGAGCAGGCAAGGCAGAAGUGUUCCCCCAUUAUGGAGCAGUUUAAUUUUCACUGGCCCGACUCGCUGGACUGCUCCAGGCUGCCUAAUAAGAACGACCCGAACUUCCUCUGCAUGGAGGCCCCCAACAACGGCAGCGACGAUACUUCUUCCAAAGGAUCUCACACCCAGCCUCCAGAUUCACGCCCUCCUCGGCAUGGGAACAACCAGGACCUAACCAUUAAGGAGAGGGUGGGGAAGGACACUUGUGGGAACCCUGGGAAGUUCCAUUAUGUGCAGAAGAGCGAGUCGUGCGCCCCAAAAUGUUACCCCAAAGUGGAUGUGUACUGGAGCCAGGCAGACAAGCACUUCUCCCUGGUCUGGAUAGCCAUCUGGUCCAUUCUUUGCUUCGUCUCCAGCGCCUUCACCGUCCUCACCUUCCUCAUUGACCCACAGCGGUUCAAGUACCCCGAGCGCCCCAUCAUCUUCCUUUCCAUGUCCUACUGCGUCUAUUCCGUAGGCUACCUCAUUCGGCUCUUUGUCGGGGCUGAAAAUGUGGCCUGUGACCGUGACAGUGGUGUCCAGUACAUCAUCCAGGAAGGCUUGGAGAGCACAGGUUGCACUAUUGUCUUCCUCAUCCUCUACUACUUUGGCAUGGCUAGCUCCCUCUGGUGGGUGAUUCUAACUCUCACCUGGUUCCUGGCAGCUGGGAAGAAAUGGGGACAUGAGGCUAUUGAAGCCAACAGCAGCUACUUCCAUCUGGCUGCGUGGGCUAUCCCAGCCAUAAAGACUAUCCUGAUUCUGGUCAUGAGAAAGGUGGCAGGUGAUGAACUGACAGGCAUCUGUUAUGUAGGCAGCAUGGAUGUCAAGGCUAUGACAGGCUUUGUCCUAAUCCCUCUGUCAUGCUACCUCAUCAUAGGCACCUCAUUUUUGCUCUCUGGCUUUGUCGCUCUCUUUCACAUUCGCAAGGUUAUGAAAACAGAGGGGGAGAACACUGACAAACUGGAGAAGCUGAUGGUGCGGAUCGGGGUGUUCUCCGUCCUCUACACCGUUCCUGCCACCUGUGUCAUUGCUUGCUACUUCUAUGAGCGUCUCAACAUGGACUAUUGGAAAGUUCUGGCAGGAGAGCAGCGCUGCAUGGAGGGGGUCAACGGGAGCGGAGAGGAGUGCACCAUGAAGAGCUCCAUCCCGGCUGUUGAGAUAUUCAUGGUGAAGAUCUUUAUGCUGCUGGUGGUGGGCAUCACCAGUGGCAUGUGGAUCUGGACUUCCAAGACUUUGCAGUCCUGGCAGAACGUCUUCAGCCGAAAGCUGAGGAAGAGGGCAAGGAGGAAGGCUGCGUGCGUAUUCACAGGCAGCCGGCCCUACCUGAAACCUCACCCUGCACUGAAAGGACACAAAACAAAGUACGAACCCACUGGAACUCCUGCCACAUGUGUAUGAACACAAAAUCUUACACGCACAGCAAAGGAACACACUUAUGAGGGACACUUUAUUUUUCAACCCGGUUCAUGUUUGAGUCUGUGGGAGAAAAAGCCACUGCAAAAUACAGGACACAAAGUUCAUGUAUAUUUUAUACAAGCCUUAGUUCUUUAAAAAACCUGCAGUGUUCUAAGGACAGAUUGUUUUCAUGUUCUCAUAAUGAUCUUUAUGAAAAUAAGCCACCAGCCUUUUAGACAGUUGCUCUGUACUACUUAUCCACUUAAGGAACUUUGUGGAGUUUGAAAAGUUUUGUUUUCAAAAGGGAUCGAGUCCUCUUUGUGGUUAUGUCACGGGGAAUGGCUGUAUCAUGUGCAAUAGAUGUUUCUCUCAGUGACAGAGAGAAAAAGACUCUUAAUACUGUAGUGGCCCAUUAAAGACACUAAAAGGAUUCUGCAUACAAUAUGUGUGUGAAUGAGCUGAGGCGGGAGCUCCUCGGCUGCGUGUUCCUGUGGCUUUUCUAUGGAAAUGGAGGCUGUGUCACACACUGCUACAUUGACAUUGGAGAGCAGCUGUUGGCUGUAGAGCAUGAACUGGCUAUUGUAAAGGCCCUCCAUGGCAUAAAGCAAAUCUACAAGCACUAAAUGUUGUCAUAAAAGACAGAGGCCUUUUGAUGGGGCAUUUUGUACAGCAGGUUCUUAGCCCUUUGGUUUGUUUUUGUCACACUGAGCUCUUUUUUUCUUUUGUAGCACAACAAAAUCCUUUGUAUAUAUUUCUAAACAAAAUUCAUAUUUUGUAAGAAUUAAUAAAGACCUUCUAGUUUAUGAUGUUCAGAAACUAGAGUCUCAGA